AUGGCGCCCUCUGUCGAGCAACUGCUUAAGGAUUACGACUUUGACCCUUCGCUGCUUCAGCGGGUGGCGUUCCGCAGAUCAAAGCCUCCGCUGGCCAUCGUCGAGCCUGACCCUUCGUGGCCGGCAACUUUUGACCUGCUCAAGGCCCGCAUCGAGUCUGCUCUCGGCAGCACAGCUGUCUCUAUCAAUCAUGUUGGUUCAACGAGCAUCCCAGGUCUUCCAGCCAAAGCCGUCAUCGACAUCGACUUGGUGGUCAAAGACGUGACAGACGAAGCAUCCUACGCGCCCGCUCUCGAAGAAGCAGGCUUCCAGUUUCUUGUACGGGAGCCUCAUUGGCACGAGCACCGCUUUUUCUGCGGAUACGAGCCCAUAUCUACAAACCUGCACGUCUGGGGACCUGAUUCGCCCGAGGUGGUAAGACACAAGAUCUUUACCGACUGGUUGAGACGCAAUGAGACGGACCGGGAGUUGUAUGAGAGGACAAAGAGGGAGGCUGCUGCUGUGAGUGCUGAGAAGGGUGAGGAUGUUAUGCAGUACAACAAACGUAAGGAGGAUGUGAUUCGUGAGAUUUUGCAGCGGGCGUUCAAAGACCUGGGAUAUACACAGUGA